UUUCAACUCCGUUUGGAUUCAUUCAGGCUUGCAGAGAACGCAUCCGAGGCAUUGUUUCCUUCUGGUAGAAACGAGUUAGGUUUUUGUUUCUUAGCCUUCGCCAAGGAGGGGAAUUCUGAUUCUUACUGGGGUACCGAUCAAUGUGAGGCAGAGGAGGUGAUGAAGCCGAUGGUGUUGGUGAAAAGAAGAAAGGAAAAGGCCUGCUGGAGGAUCCUUUCUAUGGGACGGGCUCAGAUUUCAUGGUUGGAAAUCUAAAGGCAUGAAGAGUCCAUGGUAAGCAUAGCAAAAAGCUCUCUACAGAACGGCAAAAUGGCAGAGGUUCUUCUAUAUCAAGGGUUUCACAAAUGGAGGUUAGGUGCAGCAUGGUCACUGGUACGUGAUGAUGGCAAGAGGUGAAAGCAUGAGCCAGACAAAGAUCAGUCCGAAUUCUGCAAGGAACAGAGCAGGUGAAUUUGAGUCCGUGAACAUGCGGAGGUGGUAAUCUUCCUUAGGAGAAAGGGCGCUUGCUUGGGCCGGCGAUGAAGCUGGAGAUGCCACUGGAUACUGUGAAACGAGAACUGAGAUUAGCAUUUCGGUUUGCAGCCCGGCCCUGCUGUGCAGAAGAAGGAGCGGAGAGGGCAAAAAGAUGGAAGGGGGCCGGUCCCGUUCGCCAUGGCUGUCCUGAGGACGGAUGCAGGUAAAGAAGGAAAGGUUCGAUUUGCUAAAGCUAUUCGGACAGCAUUCGGGCCCCACUUCCAUCCACAUGUAUUAUCUAUGUGUCGAGCGUUGCUCAUGUUCGGUCCCCAUUACGCCUGGUCGUCUUUCUUCAGAAUGGGUGGUUCAGAAGAAGCCGGAAGUGAUAGAUGAUGAGGUGCUCUUUUUGCUGCCUCCCAAUCGAAGAUCACACCGAUCUUCAAUCGCCAGGUCGAAAUCAUGUUCUCUCUCUCUCUCUCUCUCUCUCUCUCUGGGGAGUGUUAUUGAGAGAAUGACUGUGGAUCCUUGAGUUUGGGGGCAAUGGGGGAGGUCUCAAUCGCACGAAUCACCUCUCGCGGACACUCUUUCCUCGAUUAUGGUAGCAGCUCCAAGAAAUGCAAGGCAGAGUCGAUGUUGGGCAUGAGUAGGAGCAUUAGCACGAGGUAUCGUGGUGGUCGGCAUGUGAGAAUGCAAUUGCAGGACAAGCCUUCCUCUUUCUCUUCCAAGCUUUCUACCGAUCUUCCGCUCUACGAAUCCCCGCAAGCGCCUUUCGAUGACUACGUACGUGAUCGGCAGCGGGUCUUUGAGGCAAUGUUUCCUGACAAAAGGCGAAGCCAGAGGCUUAGUGAUGAGGAAUGGAGAAUCCAGAUGCUUCCCAUCGAUUUCUUUUUCCUCUCUGUCAACCCCAUUGUUGACAUGAGAUUGACAUGUAAAUCACAGGGGAAGGGAUAUCCACCAGGGGUGCCCAAGUCCAUUUCCACAGUUCUUGCCCUAGAAGCGACAAGAUGGGAAUUGCGAGGUCUGGACUACGUAUUGAAGCCUUCUGAUUUCACACUGGGGAUUCGAGGUGCUCUAUAUUCCGAAAAGUUGGGGGUCCGCUCCCGCUUGAAGGGGCAGCUAGAGUUGAGCGUUAGCUUUGUUCUCCCACCUGUUCUUGAAUUGGUGCCAAGGGACGUGCUCAAAAGUGUUGCAGAAUCGGUACUAAAUAGACUGUUGGUGAACAUGAAGCAGCAGGUGAAUCGCAGUUUGGUUUCAGACUUCAGGGAGUACACGAAGGAGAAGAUUGCCUUGGCAAGGCAGAAGAAGGAAGAGGAACAACAGGCAGCCAGACCUCUUCCCCUUUCUGCUACUGCUGCUACUAUGAACCACGGUGGAGCUCAGGCCUGAGAGAAGAUCACCUGUGUUCUUCCAUUUGUAACAAACUAAAAACCACAUAAUUCAUUUACCAGUGGAUGGAUUGUAUUUGUUCUCCCAUGGUGGUCCUAUGAAGAAGGCUAAGUACGGAGGUCUCUUUCGUUUCUUGGAACUGUACAUAUGCAUUAAGAUUAGAAAUAUAUUUCAGAUGGAUGUCA